CUGGAUUAACAUACCCGUUACUUACAUACGGAACCUCUAUCGAUCCCUACCUUCCAGAAUGUUGAAAAUGAUCAGAUCAAAGGGGUAUAUAACAAAAUACUGAGGUUCCUUGCUAUCGCCAUCAGUACGAAGCGACUCCCAACCAUAAAACAUACCGAGAAAAUCACCUCAGAUAAUAUGGCCUUGACCCUUCCGCAGACAACAGAAUUGACUUUGUCUGGAAAUUGCAGUGGAGGAUCCUGCGACAAUUCCACCACCAAUGAGGUUACAGACUCUUUAAAGAAAGCCAUGGAAAUUCUCUCCUACACAAACUACUUUUUGCUGCCACUGUUUCUGAUAUUAGGAUUGGCGGGACACACUCUGACAGUCAUCAUCAUGCAGACUAGAAGGUACAGCCACCUGACAUCUAGACUGUUUCUGAUAGCCCUGGCACUGUCCGAUUCCGUGCUUCUGCUUACACAGGUCUUUAACAAAAAUUUCGUUCUGUCGUAUCUCCAGAUGGAUGUUCGGGCGUUGUCAAGUGUCGGCUGUAAAGCUUUCUUUGUAAUUUUCAAAACAGCGAAAAUGUCUUCAUCAUGGUUUUUGGUCUUCAUUUGCUGGGAAAGAUUUGUCGCUGUAUGGUUUCCACUGAGAGCUAAGAUGAUAUGCACGAAGCGGGUUGCCUGGUCCCUUAUCCUGAUUGUAUACGUUCUCAUAACCACGUACACAUCUAUUUGGAGCUACGCCUCUCAAAUAACAAAAAACAACAUCUGUCACCCUGAUGUGUAUGACAAAACGAAUCCUUCCGAAGUUAGUCGAUUCGGCACUUUUCUUUUAGGAGGUCUGUCUAUCUAUUCACUAAUUCCUAUGUGCUUUCUGAUAACAAUGACUCCCUUGAUUGCAUUGAAGCUUGCACGUCAAGGCAGAAAGCGGAAGUCGAUGAUUGGAAAAUCAUCCAGAAAGUCGUCAUCCUCCGACACUAGCAGAACCACAAUCAUGUUGGUGGGGGUCAUAGUUGCCUACAUUCUGCUCAUCUCUCCCGUGACAGCUCUUCACAUGAGCGCUUUUUUCUUGAGGCUGAAUGCUUUCGGAUCGAAUGCAUUGGGGUUUCUGAUUUUCAAAGAAGUUUGUCAAAUUUUGGAGCAAAUGAACUACGCCAUCAACUUCUAUUUGUACGUUUUGACGUCCAGCCUGUUCAGGAUCGGUCUGAAAGAAUUAUUCUCUUGUAGAAGUCCGAGACAGUUGUCACGUAGUAGGAGCGGAAAGACGUCCUCCGGUUCUGAUUUUCACAGCAGCAGAAGAAAAUUCAAUGAAUCAGAAGGCGUAUCAACCAUCUCAAAAUGACAUUUAUUACAACUUUAUAACUCGAACAGAAAUUGGAGACUUUAGUUCGUUUGUUUACACUAGAAUUUGUAUUGUAUACACGUUGUCUUCUUUUCUAUAAUGGUGCUGUGAUUUAUUCUAUUAUAUUUUGCUUUUGAAUUUGUUUGAUACUUUAUUCGCAGUUCUAUUAUUUGUUACUAUCGAUUCAUGGUUUCAAGAUAUAUUUCAAAAUAUAUGAAAUCGCAUUCAAUUCUAGGUGUACAAUUUAUUCACUUUUAUAAACUCGAAUAUUAGUUUCUAUCUGCGAUUAAAAACAUUUUACGAGGCAUAACUAUCAUUUGUAUAGGUAUCAUGCUAUAUUUUCUGCUAUGGACAUAUGGGGGAAUUUGUGGUGUAACAACGAUCCACAGCAAAGGGAUAUAUACUGCAUUUCUAUAAUUUUUGUUUACAGAUGUAGUUAUUCAACAUAAAUAAAAAUGCUUCAAGCA